GCUAGCUGGAGCAGACGUACGGGGACAGAAGUUAGCAACACAAACGGUGUUUUUGACGGAGUUUGAGUAAAGAAUACGUUUCUGUCGUUGUGUUAAAAUGUCUAAAGCACAAAUACUGAGAUCUUUAGUCAACCAGCGACUCACUGCAGCUGCUGAAGAGAUAUUUGAGCUGUUUGAAAGAACGAUAGCAGAGCACGAGGAGGAACUUUCUCGUUCUAAAGAGGAGAACGAGCGACAACGGAAACUCCUGGACGCUGUUUUCAACCCUCCGCUUCGGUUACACAGAGCAGACUUCCAGCAGCUGUUGGUGGUUAAAGAAGAGGUUCUACCUGAGCAGCAAGAACCAGAGCCCCGACACAUUAAAGAGGAACAGGAGGACCUCUGGACCAGUCAGGAGGGAGAGCAGCUUCAAGGACUGGAGGAGGCUGAUAUCAAGUUCUCAUUCACUCCUGUAACUGUGAAGAGUGAAGAAGAAGAAGAAGAAGAAGAAGAAGAGGAGGAGGAGGAGGAGGAGGAGGAAGCAGCUCAGUCCUCACAGCUUCAUCACAGACAAACAGAACACAUGGAGACAGAAGCUGAUGGAGAGGACUGUGGAGGACCAGAACCAGAUGGGAACUCAGAUCCAGAUACAAAGUUACGUCCACAUACUUGCGACAAGUCUGGAGACUCUUCUGAAUCUGAGACUGAACACAGUGAUGAUUGGAAUGAAACCAGAGAACCUCAGUCAGGUUUAAACUCUUUGAAAAAUGAUGAUGUUCCGGUCAGUGAUAUGCGAUGUAGUACAAGUGAGAAACCAUUUAGCUGCGAUAUGUGUGGGAAAACAUUUGGCUUUAGGGGAAAUCUGAAGAGUCACAUCAAAUGUCAUACAGGAGAGAAACCCUUCAGCUGCUCAGUAUGCGAGAAGUCUUAUACACAGAGUAGGCAUUUACAGAGACACAUGAGAACUCACACAGGAGAGAAACCUUUCAGCUGCUCAGUGUGUGGAAGAGGUUUUAUUGAAAGUGGAGAUCUGAAGAGACACAUAAGAACUCAUACAGGAGAGAAACCUUUCAGCUGCUCGGUGUGCGGUAAAGGAUUCAGUAGUAGUGGAGAUCUGAAAAGACACAUGAGAAUUCAUACAGGAGAGAAACCUUUCAGCUGCUCAGUGUGUGGUAAGGCUUGCAUGAUUAGUGGAGAGCUAAAGAGACACAUGGUAACUCACACAGGAGAGAAACCUUUCAGCUGCUCAGUCUGUGGAAAAGGUUUCAUUGUGAGUCGAGAGCUGAAGAGACACAUGAGAACUCACACAGGAGAAAAACCUGUCAGCUGCUCAGUGUGUGGUAAAGAAUUCAGUGAGAGUCUUGAGCUAAAUAGACACAAGAUGACUCACAUAGGAGAAAAACCAUUCAGCUGCUCUGAUUGUGGGAAAACAUUUGGCAAGAGUGGAGCUCUGAAGAGACACAUGAUAACUCACACAGGAGAGAAACCUUUCAGUUGCCCAAUGUGUAGCAAAGGUUUCAUUGAAAAUGGACAUCUGAAGAGACACAUGAAAAUCCACACAGGAGAGAAACCUUUCAGCUGCUCUCUGUGCGAGAAAGGUUUCAUUGACGGUGGAGAUCUGAAGAAACACAUGAGAACUCACACAGGAGAAAAGCCUUACUGCUGCUCAGUUUGUAAGAUAUCUUUUACACAUAGUAGAAGUUUACAGUCGCACAUGAUAAUCCACACGGGAGAAAAACCUUUCAGUUGCUCUGUUUGUGAUAAAAGAUUUGUGCGCAAGGCAGAUCUAAAGGUACACAUGAAAAGUCAUACAGAAGAAAGCCCCCUUUAGUUCCUCUGUUUGUCGUACAUUUUUAUGCAAAAUUUGAAUCAGUUACAGGGGGGAAGAAACAUUUAUUUCCACUGUUUGUAGUAAAAAGUUUACAGAAAGAGCAACUAUGACACAGCAUGGGGCAUUCCACACGGGAGAAACUAAUCAAUUGCAGUGUUUGUGUCACAUCAACUGAGUUCCAAUAUCUUUCAAAUUUUUCACAGCUAAAUAAUUAGCUAAAUUAUUAUCUUUCAUUGAUGAUCCUGUUCUUCUGAUCAAACUAACGUUACCUGCAGUGGACGAGGAUGGACGGCUGAUCUCCAAACAGUAGAACACUGAUCAUUUCUGCAGACUGAUGUUCUGCUUGUUGUCCAGAUGCUGUGAUAAACUGCUGCUGUUUCCUCCCUUAACUUGUAAGGGUUUUAUUGAGUUUGAGACAACGAGAGUUCUCAGCUUCUACUGGAGGAAAAUGUAGAACCACUUUGGUUCUUUGUGUUCUCUCUGCCAUGAUGUGAGUCUCACUGUACUGAGCCGGAGUCGGUGUGUGUGUCCGAGUAAAGCACAAAGAGACAGAGAGAGGACGUUUGAGACGAGGCCAUCUGACUAUGGAACCGAUGAAGUACCGAUAGCAGAACCUUUACCUCCAGACUGCAUCAAUACUCCCUGUUUUUCUAAUUUAGAACCGGUUCCCAAUAGUGUUCUGUUGCAGAGCUCCAGGCUCAGGUACCUCUGGUCUGCUGGGACCCAUUUCCCAUAACCCUUCAGCAUCACUCAUACCACUAUGUGACGUAGCAUGUAAGUUAAGGCUGCUUAACUGCUUUUAUUUCCUUUUUGCACAGGAGUUGAUAAUUGAGUGUGUUUAUCUGGUGAUAAGUUGAUGUUUGACAAGUCUGAUCUGAUUUUAUAUGAUAAUGUCAUGUACUUUUAAAUGCUUUUAUAUUAUCUUUGGAACAUAUUUACUACAUAGAAAAGUGAAUAUGUUUCCUGACACUAAUACUCUUAUUUAUUUAUACAUCAUGACUGUAUAUUGAAAUGUGAUGAGAUUCAUGGAACCGUCUAUGGACACAUCUCCACAGGUGGAAGUUCUCUUGUACGUUAAACUGUCUAAUAAUAACGUGAACAUUUACUUUACCUAAAGACAAAACAUCAACAGAAAUAGAUGAAAUAUUAGAUUUAUACGCAGAGACCCAAGCUUCUAUCUUCCAUUUGAAACUUAAAGGAAGCGGGAAACAAACUCCCAUUAUAUUUUGAAUUUGGUUUCUCUGAAGAGCUCUGAAAAUGUUAUGAAAUAUGAAUUAUAAUAUUACACAUAUUUUAAACAGAUGACUUUAAUA